AUGAUUCUCCACAGUCUCACCAAAUAUCGGAGAUUGAAAUCUGCAGAGUCUAUUUUGAGAAAGAUUCUUGUCUCAGGUUCGAUAGACUUGCCUUCGAAGUUGUUUGAAGCAAUACUGUUUUCGUACCGCUUAUGUGAUUCUUCUCCUCGUGUUUAUUAUUCUCUUUUCAAGACUUUUGCUCAUAUGAAGAAAUUUAGGAAUGCCACAAACACCUUUUGUCAGAUGAAGGAUUAUGGAUUCUUCCCAACAGUAGAGUCUUGCAAUGCAUAUCUGAGCUCAUUGCUUCGAUUACAUAGAGCUGAUAUUGCUUUGGUAUUCUAUAGAGAAAUGCAGCGUUGUAGGAUUUCACCGAAUGUUUAUACUCUUAAUAUGGUUAUAUCUGCUUAUUGUAAAUUGGGAAAGUUAGAGAACGCUGUUGAGGUCCUUGAGAAGAUGGAAAGCAUGGGUUUUAGUACUAUAAUUGUAUCAUAUAAUACACUGAUUGCAGGACACUGCGAUAAGGGUCUUUGA